UGGGGGAAAAAUAGCCAAAAAUAUCACAGAAAUGCGUGCAGCUGUAGCUGCUCCGCUCUUUCUCGCGUCCCCGGGAAAUCAUCCGCAUUCUUCCGAUCGCCGCCGGACGACGUAGAGAAAGCCCAGCCACGCCUCCUUGGAGAAUAUCGCAAUGCAAAGCUCUUGAUCGCCAUUACCAAUCUGUUCUGGCUUUGCCAUAUUCUCCAAUUUAUAAAGCACGCCUCAAGGUUCCGUUCAAGGCUUUUCGGGGGCGGCCAUGGAUGGCGAAGGAGAGAUAUAGGCAGAGCAUUGUUUGGCCUGAGAGAUAUGAGACAGCACAAAACCCAGUACGCUAAGCAGGAUAAUAAGCGUCUCCCUCGCUUUGGUACAAGUAAUGAGUUUGAGCUCAAAGAUUAUUGCUCUGAAGUUUUCAGACGCAUACAGGAUCUGAAAAAUGUGGACAAUUAUGAAUACAUGCAAUCUGUUUUCACGGAUCAGACGUUGAAGGAGAUCAUUUCAUCGAAGAAAACUGGUUGCUUGGGUCCUCUGCCAAGGGAUGACCGCUUUUUCAUAAAGACCUUGCGGAAAUCUGAGGUUAAGGCAAUCAUUCAAAUGCUCCCAAGCUACUACUUCCAUCUGAAAAGGAACCCAGCUUCCUUAUUAAGCGCGCUGUAUGGUGUUCAUGUUGUGAAACCAAUUGCAGGUGGUAGCAAGGUGUACUUUGGCGUAUUGCAGAAUAUUAUCCCGUCCAACGUCAACAUGUAUAGAGUGUAUGAUCUCAAGGGAUCAUCAAGAGGCCGACCUGUCAAAAAGACUAGACUUUAUGGGAAUGUUAUCUACAAGGAUCCAGAUUUUGACUUCAGUUUCUACUUGGAUCCAUACGUCCAUGAAAGACUCUUAUCGCAAAUCAAGAGUGAUUGUGAGUUUCUUGAGACAGAGGGUGUAAUGGAUUACAGUCUUUGUCUUGGAGUUCCGCUGAAAGACUCUUGCCAGGGUACCAUACAUUGUGGUAGCCUGCCCUACAAGAAACCUGCCUCGAAUUGCUCCUCUCCUACGCAUUCGUUGGAUGGCAAAUCUGUGGUUUCGACUGACGGUCUAAGCUCCAACGGUGACAGCCUGGAGGAUUAUGAGCUUAAUUUUGCAGACUUUCAAGUGGACAUGCCGGAGAGUAGGCAAGAGAUCAAACUGGGUACAGGGAUGUCAGCACGCCCAGUUCAUUCGACACCGGAACAUGAAGGGCUUCUGGAUCCAGGUCACAGCGAGGUGGUGCUCUACUUCGCCAUUGUCGACAUAUUUCAGAACUACGGCAUGGUGAAGCAUAUCGAGCAUGGAUUCAAGUCGAUAUGGAAAGAUUCGCAGUCCAUGUCGGCUGUGAAUCCUAGGAACUAUUCAUCCCGCUUUCAGGAAUUCCUGUUCCGAAUAUUUCGAGUGCAACAGUAUCAAGAAACAUGAAGCUUGCAGGCAUAUAGUAAUUUUGAUUGCCGCCAACUGCAAAUGUGGAUGGAUGUGUAUUAUAUAAUACAGAUGUUGUGAUCAUCGAUGUUGUGGCUGGCUGGCUGGCUUGUUUGUAGUUAGAGAACCAGCCUUGGUCGUCUCGUAGCCGUUUCAAUACUCUUAGAGGAGAGGGCAUUUUCAUUAGCUUUCUAGAGUUGGAAAAAAUUAUAGACGGAGAAGCAGAGACGAUGAGAAAUCGGUGAAAAAACGUUGGUUUUGAUUUGUCUGGCUCCCUACUUUUUUUCACUUUGUUGGAUCCUUGAAUCCUUUUUCUCA